AUGAUUAAGAAUGAAGCUAUCCGGGACAGAGUGGGAGUAACCUCCGUGGAAGACAAGAUGCGGGAGUCAAGGCUAAUAUGGUUCGGACAUGUUAAGAGAAGGAGCAUUGAUGCUCGUGUCAGGAGGUGUGAGAGGUUGGCCAUGGAGAGUUUGAAAAGAGGUCGAGAUAGGCCUAAGAAGUACUGGGGAGAGGUGAUUAGGCAAGACAUGGCUCUGCUUCAGUUCACUGAGGACAUGACUGUUGAUAGGAGGUCGUCGUAUGAGAGUUUAGGUGGUUUCCGAUGUGGCUUGUCAAUCGAGCAAAUUGUACAGGGCGAGACGAGGUUAUCGGGCUUGAUAUCAGCAUUGCAGUAUUGCGAGGGUCGGAACCGGACUUAUAUGUGUUAUGAUAUAUACGACAGGCAUCAGAUUCGUGAAUUUGCAGCUACUGUGAUUGGAGGUUAUUAUAUUGAGCAUACGAGUUAUACGGUGCAAUGUGUGAUUACACCAUAG